UCCUCCUGGGGUACAGGACGCAAGGCCUUUGCUGCGUCCCGCACAACCUCGAGAGUUGAGCUGCGUAGUACCAUAUUUCGUUCUUUUGUAUUCGACUUCUUCCUCGCAUGGACACACGGACGCUCAUCAUGGAUCCCUAUCUUCUUCCUCCUUUUACCCCUAUCCUUAUAUCUAUCCUCUUCUUUUUCUUUUUUUUCUCCUUUGUUAUUCUCUAGGACCCAGAUCGCCUGUCAGUCACGGUCAUGACGUUCAGUAUCCGCCCACAUUGCCGUCCCCGAACGAUCCCGACACCUUGCGUGAUGAGUUGUCGUCCGCAGCGAGGCAGAACAGUCGCUUCAUUCAAGCGCCUUCUGCUCAAAUGGACCAACGAAUUCCAGAUCUACCUGACAAGCCCCCGCGAGAAACGCGCGGCCGAGCCAGGUCACUUAGUGCAGAUGGCACUCGGUCUCGUCAUCGAACAAGUGAUCGCCAUAAAGCUGAUGCAAGAGCUCACGAACACCCAGUCAUGGCGCACCAGACGUCGCCCCAAGCUCCGCAGGAGCAGUUGGUACCCCCCACCCCAUCCCCCCCAAUCGAACGUACGUAUUCUUCACCCAUCCACUCUUCCUCAUGCCAACGUCGUCUGCCAUUCGCGUGCAUCUCUCGCUUGUUCAGGCUCUCGAAAACGGGUGCCUUUGCCACCGCAACGUGACAGUUUUCAGGAAGGCUCACGUGGAAGAGCGGAUGUCGGGUACCGCUCGCCACCGUCUACCACUCGUGAUAGCGUCCCGGCUUCUCGGUUGAUCACCAACGAUGCACGCAUUCCGUCGGGCCCACGCUUGUCUCCUUUGGAGAUCUCAAGAGACACCAGAUCCUCUGACGCCAGAGGAUCUCGACAAGCGCAUUCCAGUUCUGCGCUUCAUUCAAACUCUCAGACAGAUACCUAUGCUCAUAAUGAGUCUAGGGACAAACGAGGCCAAGAUCAAAUGGAUGUUGAGGACCCUCCAGCCAUUAUCGCCAAGUCCACUGAACCUUCUCGACAGCUUGUGAAUAGUCAGCGCUAUCGCGAGGAUCGUGACGGCGCCGCUCCCAAACGCCCUCGGGCAAUGAUGGACGAUGUCGAGGUACCUGCACGACGGAGAUCUCCAGAUCGCUCUCCCAAACUAUCGCGUUCUGAAUGGAAAGAGCCUCAUCGCACAGCACACGAAGAUGUCUCCCGAGCUGCGCCCUCGCGGGAUGAAAGGCGUGCGCCUGUUGAAUCAUCGACUCGGGUUUCGCGUGAUACUUCUCGUCGUCAUGUUGAUAUGUCAAGACCGCCUCCUAGUGCUCCAACGCCAAAGCUUUCUGGAACAAACAGCAUGCCAAUUGGUGGCAGAGGCAACCGCUUUGGUGAUUCUGCUUCAAUUUCACCGCAUCCACCACUACCGUCUGCGUCUUUCCUACCUCUGGCGAGUUCCGCUUCACGCCGAGGCGUUCAUGUGUCUGGAAGCAAUGCGCAGCCUGUGGUUUCUCGUCCUGUUCGUCAACCUACUGGUGCGAUGGACAAUCACGAUCGAUUACCUCGUCUGGAUGAUUUCCAUGACAGAGAGCGUUCAACGAAGAUUCUUGUCGAUCAACGUCGGCAAACAGAGCGCAUAGUUUCACCUCUCCUUCCGCGUAAGCCUCUCUCGGUGCCAGACCCACCUGCGAAUGCGCCUAUCAAUACAGAUUCACCAUUACGAUUAGGCGCACGUGCAGCAAGAACUCGUUUUGGACCUCCAGUCCCGGAACCUGAGGGGAAACCGCACCCCAACAGCAGACGUGACCAGACGCCCGAGAGUCCUCAUUCUCAUCAUGAUCAUGAUCAUGCAACCUCUCCUCCGCUUUCCAGGAACUCUUCCACGGCGUCGGCACGCGAUGCUGUUCAUCCGUCACAACAAUCCAAGCACGACGGGGACGUCUCUCUUCGCAGUCACCGGCCGCCUGAAUCGCGGCCUCACGGCCCUGAAAGAAAGGAGACAAACGAUCUUCCUGAAUACCCACGUAGCAGCAGUCACAAUGAUCGUCGUGACCAUGGCCCGCCUUCACUGGAUCAUAAUCAGGAAUGGCAUGUAGAUGACUCAAAAAGUUCGAAGUGGUCUAGAACACGGGAUUUACCUCCGCACGAGUCCUUGCGCCACGCCGACGCAGAGUCGUCACCCUCUGGUCAGCAUGCUGCGAACGGUGAAGGGUCGCAUCAAUCUCUUCCGCUGGCUAUGCAUCCAGAGCGUGCACGACUUCUGCAGAGUCACCUUCCCCACUCUCUACCUCCUCGCCCCGAUACAGAACCAAGACGUCCCCGUUCAACUCGUCCUCGUCAUGGUUCAGCGCCUUGGGCCCCCUCUGGUUCACGUUUCAAUCAGCACUUCGAGGAGAUUUCCUUCCAUGGAGAUCGCUUCGAUCGGUCGUCUAACAAUCACGGAAGCUCUCUAAUCGAUCGGUUGGCUGUUGACGGCGGACAAUCGUCCUUUUCAUUGAGAGAUCGCGUGAAGGUCCCUAUGAAGCGGCCUUCAGAUGACCCUACUGUGAACGACGCGUUGAUGGAUGUAGACGAUGGGCACGAAGGCUCCAAGCGGAGCAGGAGGCGAGGGGGAAAGCCCAAGAGGCCGAGGCGUGUGGUAUGAUAUCCUAGUAUCCAAUUUUGUUCUUUUGUUCAGCCUUUUGGUCUGCUUUCGAUGAUGCAUCUCCAUUGGACAGAGUAUUGGCAUUACAAUCUCAUCUUGUCGUGUCUAGUGAUUAUGGUUAAUUGUCUCUUGAUUCGGCAUUUUCUUGCAACUUAUUCUCGAGAUUAGAUAUGUAUUAGUCGGUUGAUAUGAAGCUACUGCACCACAUGUCUAAAAUUGUGGUGUUCCCAAUGCAUUUGAACAAAGUCCAGAUCAUGUCGCGGCAUCAACCAUUCCAGAAAUAGGAAGAAUAGGCAAUCCACUACAAGGAUGAUUGUGUAGAUCGGUCCUGCAAAUGGCCCCAGUUCCAUAGUUCUA